CACUGGAACAGUCACGUGAUUCCCAAUAUGGCGACACCCAAGGUUCUCUUCAGGAAGGGGCGGAACCGGACUGUGUGGGCGGAGAUUCAGAUUAAAGCGGUGACCGCUGACUGCUCAGUUACUGUUUACCAUGGAGGCGAACGGGUUCGGACUGCAGAAUUUUCCGGAGCUGAAGAAUGACACGUUCCUCAGAGCAGCGUGGGGAGAGGAAACAGACUACACCCCCGUUUGGUGCAUGCGACAAGCAGGCCGAUACUUACCAGAGUUUAGGGAAACUAGGGCUGCCCAGGACUUCUUCAGCACCUGUCGCUCUCCCGAGGCUUGUUGCGAACUGACUCUGCAGCCACUAAGAAGGUUCCCUCUGGAUGCUGCCAUCAUCUUCUCCGACAUCCUUGUUGUACCCCAGGCACUGGGCAUGGAGGUGAUCAUGGUACCUGGUAAAGGGCCCAGCUUCCCAGAGCCAUUAAGAGAAGAGCGGGACCUGGAGCGUCUACGGGACCCAGCAGCCGUGGUCUCGGAGUUGGGCUACGUGUUCCAAGCCAUCACCCUUACUCGACAACAGCUGGCUGGACGUGUGCCGCUAAUUGGCUUUGCCGGUGCUCCGUGGACCCUGAUGACAUACAUGAUUGAGGGUGGCAGUUCAAGCACCAUGGCUCAGGCCAAGCGAUGGCUCUACCAGAGACCGCAGGCCAGUCACAAGCUGCUUGGCACACUCACCGAUGCUCUGGUCCCCUAUCUAAUAGGACAAGUGGCUGCUGGUGCUCAGGCAUUGCAGCUCUUUGAGUCCCAUGCAGGACAUCUUGGCUCAGAGCUCUUCGGCAAGUUUGCACUGCCCUACAUCCGUGAUGUGGCCAAGCGAGUCAAGGCUGGCCUGCAGAAGGCAGGGCUGGCGCCAGUGCCCAUGAUCAUCUUUGCUAAGGAUGGACAUUUUGCCCUGGAAGAGCUGGCCCAGUCUGGCUAUGAGGUAGUUGGGCUUGACUGGACAGUGGCACCAAAGAAAGCCCGGGAGCGUGUGGGGAAGAUGGUGACCUUGCAGGGGAACCUGGAUCCCUGUGCCUUGUAUGCAUCUGAGGAAGAGAUUGGUCGACUGGUGCAGCAGAUGCUGGAUGAAUUUGGGCCACAACGCUACAUCGCCAACCUAGGGCACGGGCUUUACCCUGACAUGGACCCAGAACAUGUAGGAGCCUUUGUGGAUGCUGUGCACAAACACUCACGUCUGCUUCGACAGAAUUAAGGAUAUGUCUUUCUGCUCAAGAUCCACCAACAGGUUGUUUCCAAGAGAAUAAAACAUCCAGAGUUGGAGUCUAAUAUGUUCCUUUGUUUGUAAAGGUUUAUGUCCUUAUAUGUCUCCCCUUCCUUCCUUCCUCUCCCUCUUACACACACACACACAGGCCUGGUUGGCCUCAAAACUCAAGAGACCCACCUACCUCUCUCUCAAGUACUGGGAUUAAAGGUGUGUACCACAUCA